AACCAUCUUAUUACACAUUUUACAGUUUUCGCUAAUUCUUUCGUCUCUCAUCAUCAUCAUCAUCUUCUUCUUGAAGCUUUCAUCACUCAGAAACUGCGAAAAUCCAUCACCAUAUCACGCUUCCCAUCAUUCUUUCGCUCUCAUCUUCCUCUCCUCGAAGCUUUUCUCGAAGCUUCAUCAAUAGGAGACUGCGCAAAUCGAUCACCACAACACGCUUCCCAUCUUUUCCUUUCCUCACUAUCAUCAUCAUCAUCAUCAUUUCUUCAUUUGUUUUCCAUUCUUCUCUUUCACUUCUCUAAUUCUCUCUUUCUUUCUUGCAGGUUUCUUUGAUAAUGGAUUCAGGAUGGUGGAGGCCUUUUUCAAAGUCCGAUUCCCGUGUCCCUUUCCAAGAACGCUUCCUUCAUCAGAAAAAUUCUUCGCAGGAUCAGGAUAACUUGGAUAGGUUUAUUCCAAAUAGAUCAGCAAUGGAUUUUGGUUAUGCUCAUUACAUGCUGACGGAGGGUACAAAGGGAAAAGAAAAUCCAGAGGUGAUUACACCAUACCAGAAAAAACUCGCAGAAGCCGUUAACAUCAAUGACGGAACUCGAAUAUUGGCUUUCAAGAAUAAGCCUCCGACACCGGUUGAACUCGUACCUAGGGAAAUUCUUUCACCUCCUCCUCAAUCCAAAUUAUCCAAACCCAAACGAUGUAUUCCUCAGACUUCUGAUAGGACCUUGGAUGCCCCUGAUAUCUUGGAUGAUUUUUACUUGAAUUUACUAGAUUGGGGUAGCGAUAAUGUCCUUAGUAUUGCCCUUGAAAAUACAGUUUAUCUUUGGAAUGCUUCAGAUAGUUCCACUUCAGAACUUGUCACUGUGGAUGAGGAAUAUGGUCCUGUCACAAGUGUUAACUGGGCCCCAGAUGGUCGCCAUUUAGCCAUUGGUUUGAACAAUUCUCAUGUCCAGAUUUGGGAUACCAGUGCUUCUAAACAGCUAAGGACACUAAAGGGUGGACAUAGAACAAGAGUGGGUUCACUGGCUUGGAACAGUCACAUUCUGACAACAGGAGGAAUGGAUGGUAAAAUAGUAAACAAUGAUGUUAGAGUGAGAUCUCACAUUGUUGAAACGUACAGAGGACACAACCAGGAAGUUUGUGGGCUCAAGUGGUCAUCCUCAGGACAUCAAUUGGCGAGUGGUGGAAACGAUAAUGUUGUUCACAUAUGGGAUAGGUCUGUGGUUUCCUCAAAUUCACCUACUAAUUGGCUUCAUAGGUUUGAGGAACACACAGCUGCUGUGAAGGCACUAGCUUGGUGUCCUUUUCAGGGUAACCUAUUGGCAUCUGGUGGAGGUGGGGGUGAUCAUUGCAUUAAACUGUGGAACACACACACAGGUGCGAGACUGAAUUCUUUCGAUACAGGAUCACAAGUUUGUUCUCUGCUCUGGAACAAGAAUGAGCGCGAGCUUCUUAGCUCACAUGGGUUCACUAAAAACCAGCUCACCCUUUGGAAGUAUCCUUCAAUGGUGAAGAUGGCAGAGCUCAACGGUCACACCUCGAGAGUGCUGUACAUGACACAGAGCCCGGAUGGGUGUACUGUGGCAUCUGCAGCCGCAGAUGAGACUCUCAGGUUUUGGAAUGUCUUUGGAAACCCAGCAACAGCAGGAAAAGCUGCGCCAAAGGCAUAUAGUGAACCGUUUGCAAAAUUCAACCGUAUCCGGUAAAAAUGAACUCUCAUAUGCAAAGCAGGUAGGUUUCUUUCGACCAAUAAUUGGCGGAUCUGUUACUUACAAUGAUCAACCAUAUUCCAAGUUCUUAAAAAGCAGGUAGGUUUCUUUUGACGAUUUUCUAUGCAACACUGCUUCUGAAUGUUAAUAUACUGACAAGUGAAGAAUGAUGUUAUGUUUCCUCACCUAACUGUAAAAGAAACAUUGACAUAUGCAGCUUGUUCACAUAUGGUAUCUAUGAGCUAGGCUUGGAGAGGUACAUUCAUGCUUCCACUAGAGUCUCAAUUAUUCAUAAUCAAUGUCAUGCUCGAAAACAACAUAAUAGAGUUUAAUAUACUGACAAAUAUGUUUGUAUUCUUAAUUGUAUGAGAACAUGUGUCAAGGAGUGUCUGGUGGAGAGAGGAAAGAGUUUGUAUUGGCAAUGAGAUCAUAAUCAAUCCUUCUCUUCUAUUAGUUUGGAUUCUACAUCAGCCUUGGAGAUUGUUCAGAUGCUACAUGACAUAGCUGUGGUUUGCAUCUAUCAGUUUAAGGCAGAGUUGUUAAUGUUGGUUUCAAGCGCCUGGAGAAGAGUUUGGAGGCAAAUUUACUUGAGGAUAAGUUCUAUUGUGUUUCUGAUGCUGAUAGUGGUUAGCAUUGUUGUAAUUAGAGUAUUCAUUGGACAUAUCUUGUGUACUUAUGAUAUUUUGGCUCGUACCUGCAUUGCUUUCAUAUUUUACUGAAACAAAUUUGAGAAUGUUGUGGAUCUGCUAGCUGGUGUUUGUGUUAUGAGUGGUCUAAAGCCUACUCGAUUAUGGGGCAGGUUUGAUGGAAAUUUUCAGUUUUGUAGAAGAUUUCGUAGAUUCAUUGAUUGACGCGGAGUUAAUAUUUUUCUUUAGUGUAUUUUUGUAUUAACUAUUUUGGGUUUGAUUUUUUCCCUGCACUCUUUGUGUUAGGUGUGAUAGCUGAUAACAAGUAUCUCUGCCUUUUAAAAUGUAUGAAACAGAAAAUAUUGUAAAUGAUUUAACUCCAUUUUUCUCAACUAAACAAAAUGUUAAACAAAAAAUAAUAUUGAGUAAAACAAAGUAACAUUUCCUAAUAUAAUUGAAGAUGCUUAUGUCACACGGUUGCAAGUUUCAUCGGAAGAAUUCUUCACAGGAUCAUGACAACUUGGACAGGUUUAUUCCAAAUAGAUCAGCAAUGUGUAUUUUGGUUCGCUCACUACAUGCCGACAGAGGGUAGAAGGGAAAAGAAAACCCAGCGGUGAUUUCAUCAUACUAGAAACAAUUCUUUGCUGAAGCCCUUAACAUCAAUUAUAGAACUUGAAUCUCGGCUUUCAACAAUAAGCCUCCAAAAUCGGUUGAACUCAUACCUAGGGAUUCCUUCACCUCCUCCUCAAUCUAAAUUAUCCAAACCCCAACGAUGUAUUCCUCAGGCUGGGUAAACUAUAGUGGCAACAAUCCACCAAUCAUCAAGCAGACUCUUUCACAAGUUUAUAGGGACAUCUCAUUACCAUGAACAGAGUUUUUAUUGGAUCUUGCAAAUGGAAAUAUGAUUAAUAUUUCUUUACCAUGCAGAAGCUGAAACAUCGAAUGGGAAACCAUCAGCUGUAGUUGUACAGGAGGUAAAUAAUUCGUCAAUCAUCAAGCAGACUCUUUCACAAGUUUAUAGGGGUGUUCACCUCUCAUUACCAUGAACAGAGUUUUUAUUGGAUCUUGCAAAUGGAAAUACGAUUGAUAUUUCUGUACCAUGCAGAAGCUGAAACAUCGAAUGGGAAACCAUCAGCUGUAGUUGUACAGGAGACUAACAAAGCACCUAUAGCAAAAAAACUACUGGUUCCAAUUUCUCUUGUUCACGUAAAAGAUAGUGAAGACAAGUUGGUCAGAACAAUAUUCAAUAUUGUUUUCUAGAGGAUUCAAAGAAUGUAGGCAUGACUAUUUUAGCUGGUUGAGAAUUACCAAGUUCUUUCCACUACAAUCCUUCUGGGAUUACUUUGGCGGCAGUCUGAUGCUAGCAACCCAAAGGGUCUUUAAGACUAGGCUGGAUUGCUAUUCUUUAUUGAGGUGUUUUUGGGAUUGUUUUUCUCGUGUUCACUGCAAUAUUCACAUUUCCUCAAGAAAGAGCAAUGUUGAACGAGGAAAGAGCAACAGAUAUGUACAGAUUAAGUACAUUCUUUUAUGGCUAGAACCACAAUUGACCUUUCAUUAGACCUGUAUUACCAGUGCUCUUCCAAGGCUGGUUUGAGACUCGGGACUUGGACUUGCUAUUUGGGGCAACACUAAUCUAAUGGACUUGAAAAGGGCAACAACUUUGGCUUCACUCACUGUCACGACUUUCAUCUUGACUGGGGGUUUCUUAGUAAAGAACGCCCCUAUAUUCCUAUCUUGGAUUCAGUACCAAUCUUUCAACUACCAGACGUCUAUACAUGCUUAUGCCAAAACUGCAAUAUGAGUACAUUACACCUAGCAUAAAUGGGAUCAGAAUUGAAAGUGGUUUGAAUGGAGGUGUUGCUUUAAUCCCCAUGGUUUUUGGUUACCGUUUAUUGGCAUGUUUUUCUCUGCUGUGGAUGAAACAGCCAUAGCUGGCAUAGCAGUACUUGUGAAGGAGGGUGAUAUUGAAUGACGGCGGCUCAUAAUUAUACUAAAAUCAUAUAAGGAAGACUCGCAAAUGAAGUGCUAAGCUUAAUAUGUUUGGCUACAUAUGAUUUUGGCAUGUUCAAUAUUCAGUUUCUUUUUCGGUUGGUAGAGGUGUUUAGGCUCAUUGCCAGCUAUGAGGAAGCUGUUAUUGGAAUGAUUUGUCCUUUGUUUUGAGAUUAUGGCUGGAUUAAUAGAUUGAUUCAGUUUAAGGCAGAGUUGUUAGUGUUGGUUUCAAGCGGCUGGAGAAGAGUUUGGAAGCAAAUGUACUUGAGGAUAAAUUUCUAUUGUGUUUCGGAUGCUGAUCAUGGUUAGCAUUUGAUGUAUUUGAGAAAGUUCAUUGGAGUUUCAUUACAGAUCUUGUAUAGUUAUGAUAUUUUGGCUCGUACCUGCAUUGGUUUCUUAUUUUACAGUCAAACUAAUUUGAGAAAGUUGUAGAUCUGCUAGCUGGUGUUUGUGUUAUGAUUGGUCUAAAGGCUACUCAAUUAUGGGGUGGGUUUGAUGGAAAUUUUCACUUUUGUAAAAAAUGUCGUAGAUUCAUUUUGACGUGGAGUUAAUAUUUUUCUUUAGUGUAUUUUUUUGUUGUC